UGAAUAAAUAACAGAACAUUUUGGUAAUAAUUUGUCUUUGUGUUUUUCUUUUGGUGCGCCCAUUUUGACAGUUCGCGUACGACGUGUUGUUAAUGGAUGUGGUGGAUUAUUUGACGUUGUCGCGACACUUCCCCGAGUUCCUAGUUUUGGAGUACCUACUACAUUUACAGUUUCAUAUAUACAAAUAUAUAUACAUAUUUUGAAAAAAGAAAAAUGGCUCAAAAAAUGAAAGUCUAUGUUGUUGGAGUGGGUAUGACAAAAUUUGAGAAACCCGGUAGAAGAGAUAAUUUUGAUUAUAAUAUUAUGGGAAAAGAAGCGACAUUAAAGGCAUUAGACGAUGCUCGUAUUUCUUAUAAAGAUGUUAAAGCUGCAUGCGUUGGUUAUGUUUACGGUGAUUCAACGUGUGGUCAAAGAGCACUUUAUGAAGUUGGUCUAACCGGUUGUCCCAUUUACAAUGUUAAUAAUAAUUGCUCAACUGGAUCGACGGCAUUAAUGAUGGCAAAACAAAUUGUUGAAAGCGGUAAUGCCGAUUGUGUUUUGGCACUUGGUUUUGAAAAAAUGGAACGCGGAUCAUUAUCAUCGAAAUAUUUUGAUCGUACAAAUCCACUUGAUAAACAUGUCACUGUUAUGGCUGACAUAGCAGGAAUCAAUGAUAGUCCAAUGGCUGCUCAAUUAUUUGGUAAUGCUGGUAUUGAACAUAUGAAAAGAUAUGGCACAAAACCGGAGCAUUUUGCUAAAAUUGCCUACAAAAAUCAUUUACAUUCAAUGAAUAAUCCAUAUUCACAAUUUCAAGAUAAAUAUACUUUGGAGCAAAUUAUGAAUUCUCCAAAGGUAUUUGGACCAUUAACAAAAUUACAAUGUUGUCCAACGUCUGAUGGUUCUGCUGCUGUAAUUUUAGCCAAUGAAGAAUAUGUUAAAAAACAUAAUCUUCAAUCUCAAGCAGUUGAAAUUGUAGGAAUGGAAAUGUCUACCGAUUUACCGUCCACAUUCGAAGAGCGAAAUAGUAUUAAAAUAGUCGGUUACGACAUGACAAAAAAUGCAGCUGACAAACUUUUUUCAAACAGCCCCUAUAGACCGUCUGAUGUUCAAGUUGUUGAAUUACACGAUUGUUUCUCGACAAAUGAAUUAAUUACAUAUGAAGCACUUGGACUCUGUCCACCGGGAAAAGGUGGCGAGCUUGUUGAUUCGGGAAAUAAUACUUAUGGCGGUAAAUAUGUGGUGAAUCCAAGCGGUGGUCUAAUUUCAAAGGGUCAUCCACUUGGUGCAACGGGUUUGGCACAAUGUUCUGAACUUUGUUGGCAAUUGAGAGGACAAGCGGGUAAGAGACAAGUACCCGGUGCAAAAGUUGCACUUCAACAUAAUAUUGGCCUCGGUGGUGCUGUUGUUGUUGCUCUUUAUCGUCUUGGUUUCCCUCAAUCUGUACAAAGAAAUAAUGUCUCAUCCGCGUCGGAUCCAUCGAAAUUUAAAGCACAUACACUUUUACAAGCGCUCGAAGUGGCAAUGCAAGAGGACACUGAGGGUUUUAUUGAAGGUGUGAGGGGAAUUUAUGGAUUGAAAGUAACCAAUGGUCCAGGUGGUGCACAAGGCUAUUGGGUUAUUAAUGCAAAAGUUGGUAAGGGCAAAAUUGAAUACAACAGUAAAGUGAAGCCCGAUGUUACAUUUACAAUUAGUGAUACUGAUGUUGUUGAUUUUAUAUCGGGAAAAUUGAAUCCUCAAAAGGCAUUUUUCCAGGGUAAAAUUAAAAUUCAGGGAAAUAUGGGAUUGGCAAUGAAAUUGCCUGAUUUACAGAAACGAGCACAUAAUAAAAUUGAAGCCAUUCGUUCUAAGUUGUAAUUUUAUUUAUUUUGCUUAUAAUCGCAGAAAAAAAAGACAA